AUGGCUAAUAGAGUCUCUAUGCUCCUCCCAAGGCUUGUCUCUGAGGAGCAAGGCGACUUCCAAAAGGGUAAGAUAACAUCUGAAAAUAUUAGUCUUGCAUCCGAAUUGUCUAAUUUUAUGUAUUCUGUUGUGAGGGGUGGUGGGAUGGGCAUCAAGAUUGAUGUUCAGAAAGCCUAUGACUCCUUAUCCUGUGAGUUUCUCUUUGCAGUCUUAAGGAAGUUUGGGUUUUCGCCAAAAUGGACUGCAUGGAUUCAAGAAAUUCUCUCUACUUCAAGGAUUUUUGUGUUAGUUAAUGGAGGCUCAGUGGGGUUCUUUGGAGCGGGUCGUGGCCUUCGUCAAGGGAAGGCAGGGAUUGGAGGAAUUUUUAGAAAUGAGGGAGUAGAGAUUUUGUUGAACUUUAGAAAGUUCGUUGAUAUUAAAACAAAUUUUGGAGCAGAAUUUUUGGCAAUUAUUGAAGGUCUCGAGCUGGCAAAGAGAAAUGUAAGGAGGUUUCAAGGAAUAAGGAUAAGGGCAGACCUUCUCUUGUGCCAAACCAUUUUAGCAUUUCGAGAUCUUUUCCCAUCCACUUCUCUCAGGAAAAUUUCAGUUGCUGAUUUGAUUUGGCAAGACUGGUGUUGCUUGUCUCCAUACCUUUCAAGAAUUGAAUGGAAGUUAACCCAUUGUUAUAGAGAGGCUAAUCCGGUGGCUGAUUACUUGGGAAAAUCUGCAGCUAGAAGUGGCUCGUCAUAUGAAGAUCCUCCUCUGCCAGCUUUGAUCUUGGAUGAGCUCAGAUGGGACGCAAAAUUUAGUCCAAGAUUUCGAUUCUUGUAG